AACCCCUGAAUGCGGUGAGGAGCACUCUCCGUCUCUUCCUCUCCCUUACCUUACCUUGGCGUCUCUCCAGAGUCUGGACUCUUGAGCCUGAGCCUCUCUCUAGAGUGUGGAUUCCCCUCGUACCUGAGCGUCUCUCUUGAGGCCGGACCAAGUCCUACCUGAGCGCCUCUCUAGAGUCAGGAUUUUCUUCGCACCUGAGCGUCUCCCUAGAGUCCGGACCGCAGCAUGGGCCGGCCCGACAGGUGGUUGCUUUGGGGGGUUUUGCUCCCGAUGGUCUGCUCAGUGUGGAGCAUCUCCCGGACGGACUUGUUCCAGUCUCCUUCCGAGGAGGAUGAGUUGGAUCCCGGGAGCGACGAGUCCGUGGAGGUGAAGCUGGACUCCGGACUCCACUUCAUGGGGGAGACCCUGAAGACCGUCUAUAUCCACACCAACGGCUUUGUGUCGACGGGCAAGCCCCCAUCCGAGGCUUCCUACCUGGGCCAGACGCCCGCCAGCUUCCAGAUGCUGGCCGUUCUCCUGGGGGACCUGGAGGCUCGGCCCGGCCAGGGAAAGGUCUCCUUCUGGCAGACCACCAGUCCAGACGUCCUGGGUUCCAUCUCCCCGACCCUCGAGCGGGCGUUCCCAGAGAUUGCGGUGGAGGGGGAGCUGAAACACGCCCUGGUGGUCAAAUGGCACAACAUGGCCGCACACGGGAGCAGGAGCCACGGGGACAGCGUGGGCGCUAAGACCAACACAUUCCAGCUGGUGGUGGCCUCCUUCUCCGCCUCCUCCUACGCUAUCCUGCUGUACCCCAGAGACGGCCUGCAGUUCCUCUCCACGUCGAUAGGGGGCGAGAGCAAGCCCCUAGAGGCUGGCUUUAACCAGGGCCAGCAGAUAGGCUGGUUCGGUUACAUAACCGAGGGAGAGUACUACAGAACCACAACAGAGGAAGAGAGCUCCAUUGCAGCCCUGGCAGAGAAGACAAACACAGGUCGCGCGGGUGUCUGGGCGUACAAGGUCGGACACCUUUACUAUGUCGACAUCCUUCCUGGCGAGGCCAACACGAUCACUGGACCGGAGCAGGAGGGAGCCGUUGUCACCGAGUCUCCAAGGCAUCCAGAGGAUAAACAGGAAGUAGAGACGGAGGCCCCAGGCUCAGCUGUGGAGGAUACCGAGAUGACCCCUCUUAUCAUUCAGCCUGAGCCUCAGAACACGACCCCGGACCACCAGCCUGAGACCCAAGACCCAUUUGAGCCAGAAACAGAGACACCAUUACCUGGUACCACAUACCCUAAUCCUGAGAGCACCCAAACCCUCGAAUUCACCCCACAGACCACGGAAGCAUGGUACCCCGAUCUGGAGGAACCUCAACAACCACAGACCAAUGAACAAGAGUAUCCUGAACCAGAAGAAGCAGAGCACCCAGGAAGAACAAGUCCUGAGCGGCCCCAGCGUCCAGAGGUGGUGGUGGUAGACCAAGACCUGGAUGUAGACGUGUUUUCCUACAACUCUGAGACCUGCAGCCGCACCAGACUGACUUGCUCCGCCUUCGCUGAUUGCCGCGACUACAGCACCGGGCCCUGCUGCCAGUGCCGUCCUGGUUUCUAUGGUAACGGGAAGGACUGUGUUGCAGAAGGGAAACCCCAGAGGAUGAACGGGAAGGUGAACGGCCGUGUCUUUGUGGGUGACGCCUCCACCCCCGUCCAGCUCAGCAACAACGAUCUCCACUCCUACGUGGUGGCCAAUGACGGACGGGCGUACGUCGCCAUCAGCAGCGUCCCCGCGGGCCUGGGCCCCUCCCUUCAGCCCCUGACCUCGCUGGGCGGAGUCAUGGGCUGGGCCUUCGCUCUGGAGCAACCGGGCUACCAGAACGGAUUCAGCCUCAUCGGAGGUGUCUUCAGCAGGCAGGUGGAGGUGGUGUGGGGGGGUGGAGAGAGACUCAGCAUCACCCAGGAGUUCCAGGGCAUCGACGAGCACGAACACCUGCUGGUCAGCACCUCCCUGGAGGGGAGGGUCCCUGAGCUGGCCCCCGGGGCGUCCGUCCACAUCCAGGCCUACCAGGAGGUCUACCAGCACAGCGGCAACUACAUCACCUCCUCCUCCAACAGGGAGUACACCGUCACCCUGCCCAGUGGGGAGACGCGGCCCCAAACCUUCCAGUGGCGGCAGACCAUCAGCUUCCAGAGCUGUCCACAUGACGACGGUCGUCAGGACGACGGGAGGCGCGCACCCCAGACCCAGCAGCUGAGCGUGGACCAGAUCUUCGUGAUGUACGACACAGAGAACCAGCUCAUCCGAUACGCCAUGAGCAACAAGAUAGGAUCCAUGAGCAGUGGACCCCCGGAGCAGAACCCGUGCUUCACGGGUCGUCAUGGCUGUGACAACAACGCCGUCUGUCGUCAUGGAGACGGACUCGAGUUCACUUGCGAGUGUUCCACUGGCUUCAGCGGAGACGGGAGGACCUGCUAUGAUGUAGACGAGUGCCGGGCCGCCCCCCCAGUCUGUGGGCGGGACUCUGUCUGCACCAAUCAGCAGGGGAGUUUCCGCUGCGACUGCCCCGACGGCUUCCUGCCCGGGGACCACAACACCUGCAUCAGGGAGGAGCUUCCUGUGGACCACUGCCAGACAGGGCGUCAUGACUGUGAUGUCAUAGAGAGAGCAACGUGUCACUUCACCGGAGGCUCCGCCUACCUCUGUUCCUGCCUGCCGGGUUACCUAGGAGACGGACGUGUGUGUGAGGAUGUGGAUGAGUGCCAGCAGGGUCGUUGUCACGCUGACGCGGUCUGCUUCAACACCCAGGGAUCCUACAUCUGUCAAUGCCGCCCAGAUUUCCAAGGCGAUGGUUUCCACUGUAGCCCCGUUUCCACAGAGCGGGAGCCGACGGCGUGUGAGCGCCACAGAGAGAGCGUGAAGGCGCCCCCUAGCGAAGGCCUCCUGUCUUUCUUCCGGCCGCGCCCGGCGGUUGGUCAGUACGUCCCCCAGUGUGACGAGGGCGGGGCCUACCGGCCCACCCAGUGCCACCCCACCGCCGCCCAGUGCUGGUGUGUCGACCCCCGCGGGCAGGAGGUCCCCGGCACCCGCACCGCAGACACACACCCCCUCUGUAUCGACCAGGCCAUAGCUCCGCCCACGGCAGGCCCCGCCCCCAGGCCUGAUGUCAUCCCGGUGGCACCGGGAGCCCGCCUCCUGUUCGCCCAGAGCGGGAAGAUGGAGCAGAUCCCCCUGGAUGGAGACGCCAUGAGGAAGGAGCUCACCUCCACCCUGCUACACAUCCCUGAUCGCGUGGUCAUCUCCGUGGCGUUCGACUGUGUUGAUCAAAUGGUGUACUGGAGUGACAUCACCGGCCCCGCCAUCAGCAAGGCCAGCCUAAGCGGUGGAGACAUCAUCCCCGUCAUUACUACAGGUCUGGAGAGCCCCGAGGGUGUGGCGGUGGACCACGUGUCCCGGCUGCUGUUCUGGACCGACUCCAUGCGCGACACCGUGGAGGUGUCCCAGCUCGACGGCAGCCAGCGCCACGUCCUGUUCGACACGGACCUGGUCAACCCCCGGCCCAUCGUGGUGGAUCCCACCUACGGCCGACUGUACUGGGCGGACUGGAACCGAGACGGACCCAAGAUCGAGACGGCCAACAUGGACGGCUCGGAGAGGACGGUUCUGGUGAAGGAUGACCUGGGCCUGCCCAACGGCCUGACCUUUGACCCGGAGACACAGCUCCUCUGCUGGGCCGAUGCAGGCACACGGAAGGUGGAGUGCUGGGACGCGGGUCGCCGGGUGCGUCGUCAGGUGGUCUCUGGGGUCCAGUACCCCUUCGGCCUCGCGUCGUACGGAGGAAACCUGUUCUACACCGACUGGAGGAGGGCGGCGGUUGUGACGGUGGAUCGCAGUGCGGAGAGAGAGACGGACGAAUUCCUGCCUCAGAAGCGUUCCCAGCCAUACGGGAUCACCGUGGCAACCACACAGUGUCACCAAGGAUACAACUACUGCUUCAACAACGGCGGCUGCUCCCAGCUGUGUCUCCCUCGCCCCGGGGGCUUCACCUGCCGCUGCCCCUCCCAUGGAGACGGCACAUGCUAGGACAGGAAGCUGGUCCGCCAGACAGGAAGUGACAUGAGUCUGCUGACCGGGAGCGGCUAAUUAUACCUCCCCCUCCGAGGCCGACGGAGGAGGCUUACAUUGCUGACAAACAAGUGUGUUUAUAAGUGUACUACUAACACGCUCACGUGUUUAUAAGUGUACUGUUGACACAGUAGUGUGUUUAUAAGUUUACUGUUGACACACUAGCGUCUUUAUAAACGUACUGCUAACGCGAAAAUCUGUUUAUAAGUGUACCGCUAAAUAACACACUAGUGUGUUUAUGAGUGUACUGCUGGCACACUAGUGUGUUUAUAAUUGUACUGGGUUCUUUCUAAAUGCUACUUGAAGGAACCUUGUCUGCCAGAUGUGGAGAAGGCUACAACAAAACCUGUUGAAGAGCUUUUAAAGAACAUUUCCAAACUUUCAGGAAACAUUUUCAGGGAGUUUCCAUUUUUAUAAACGAUCAUACACAUCCAGCGCUCAGGACUCAUCACUGUGAAAGCGUGUCCACGCUUUUCUAUAUGAACACGCUCACAUUGAAUUAUUAUUAUCGUCAUUGUUAUUAUCAUGAACAAGCACCAAGUCCAACCAAUGGGCCUUAUUCAUCCAGCAGCCAUCUUCCACACUCAUGGCCGAGGGAGACUGCUCUCCUUCUUUCCUUUUGAUUGGUUGAUCUGUUGGCCAACUGUGGGGUCAACGCUACGCUCAGGAGGACGGAGCCAGGGGAAGGAUUUCCGUUAUUUGAUUCUUGAACCAAAUUACCACUACUUUGAGAUGGAUGAUCUUUUUGAGCUAGAUGUAUGUUUAUUAUUAAUAUUAUAAUAUGACAUCAAACUGUAGCUUUGUGCAGCAGUGCUUGAAGUCCUGGUGUUUUAUUAAUACUCUUGUGUAUCGUAUUUAGAAAAGAGUAUUUAUCGAUAGUUCUACUGAACUCAAGCAAAGUUAGCUAGAAAUGCACUGCUUUUGUUGUUGUUUAACCAAGAAAUUGUAAAUAAUUUCCCACAAUAUAAACAUUGUCUGACAUAUUACCCUUCUUUCCAUCAAUCAAUAUGUAUAUAUCAUCUAUCGAUUUUCUACUGUUUUCUACUGUCUUCCUUAAGUUCCAAAGAGAGCCAUGUUACUUGCAUAAAACCAGAUAUCACUGUUUAUUCGGGCGGUAUCUUGAAUAAAGAACAAAAUGUACAGCCUCAAUAAACCUCGAAACAGCUGCUGGGAUUUACUGAGGAGGCACACGCAC